CAGACCAGACUGAAUGCUCGGAUUUGAAAAAUGAAACGAAGAAAGCAAGACGAGGGACAGAGAGAAAGCUGUAUGAAUGAAGAUGACUCUAUAGAUAUUGAAAAUGAGAACGGACACCGGUUUGAAGAAUAUGAAUGGUGCGGCCAGAAAAGGAUACGUGCUACAACUCUUUUGGAAGGAGGGCUCUGUGGGUCCGGUUUUAUAAUAUGUAGCAGCAAAGAAAAUCACGACAGUGACGCUGAUCUUGACGUUAACGGAGAUGACACUCUAGAAUAUGGCAAGGCACAGUACACGGAAGCAGACAUUAUCCCAUGCACAGGAGAAGAGCCGGGAGAAGCCAAAGAGAGAGAGGCUCUUCGGGGGGCAGUGUUAAAUGGUGGCACGCCAAGUACCCGGAUAACAAUAGAAUUUUCCAAAUGGGCCAGUGAUGAAAUGCCAUCAACAAGUAACGGAGAGAGCAGUAAACAGGAAUCCAUGCAAAAAACAUGCAAAAACAGUGACAUAGAGAAAAUCACAGAAGAGUCUGCUGUGACGACGUUUGAAGCCCUAAAGGCUCGUAUCCGUGAGUUAGAACGGCAGUUGUCCCGGGGGGACCGCUACAAAUGCCUCAUCUGCAUGGAUUCCUACACAAUGCCCCUGACGUCCAUUCAGUGUUGGCCCGUCCACUGCGAGCAAUGUUGGCUGCGUACCCUGGGCGCUAAGAAGUUAUGUCCGCAGUGUAACACCAUCACUUCCCCUGGAGACCUGAGGUGUGUAUAUUUGUGAAGACCAGCUUUGCUCCGACAGAUGGGACUUCCCUCAGGAACAUCAUGUUUCCCUUUUGGUGGUCCCUGGAACUCCUUCAGGGGCUGAAAUGUGAGAGACCCUUUUUUAAAUGUUUGGAGCAAAGGAACUUGUAAGCAGAAGAUACUUUUCCUGAUUGGGAGCCAUGAUCGAGAGGAGCUAUAUAAUAAAC